CUUAAUUUUCUCUCUGUUUCUUUUGAUUCAUUUGUUUCGAAACCCUAAUUUCUUCAUCAGAACUCUGGUAAUUUUUCUUUUUUUUUGGCGACACCGAGUAUGGUGAGGUUACAGGGUUACCGAGUCCUUCUUAGGUGUUUUUUGCCCCAGUUUGUUUUGCCCUAUUUAUUUUCUGUAAGAAAAUCUAAUUGGUUUAGACGUUUCUCUGUAACCCUAGUCUCGAAUCCAUAAUUUGCAAGGCUAGAGAUUUGUUAUUCUUAGUUUCAAUCCGGCAAUUAGAACUGCUGCUUCUAGUCUUCGGAGGCCUUUGCUCCAAUACACAAUAACACAACUGUGGCUUGUUUGUGAUCGGGCUAGAAAUGGUUGGAGGUGGGAGCAGGAUGGGCGAUGGGGCCCUUAGGGAUAAGCAAUGCGAACGUUUUAUCUGCUCUCGAAAGCCUUAGGAGAAAGAAGAAAUCUGACAAGGAGCAUGGGUCGUCGAAGAGCAAGGGAUCUUCCAAAAACCAGGCCAAGGAACCUGAACCCCAGGUUUACUGGACGCCGGCGCCUCUGACGGUGAAAUCUAGGGCCGAUGUUGAUGAUGAUGACGACGAUUACUAUGCAACAACAGCUCCGCCUAGUGCUUGGGGUUCAACACAUCCACAACAAAGGAUAGUUCAGCUCCCGUUGAGGUUUAAUUUCUCCUGCUAUAUCCAUGAAGCAGAGGCUUAGUGUCCUUGAACUCAACCUGACAGGAUUGAUGAGAACAUGGAUGACACAUUGCCAAAUGUGGGAGGGGCACAAGGAGCGCUGCUCAAGUACUUCAACAGUAUCUCAUCCAACUGGUGGCUGAUGAUUAAGAUAAUCUUUGUAUUGAUUGUUGUACAUAAUAUCAUUUAUUGCCACUACACCGUCAAGUGAUCAAGUCUCAUCCAACAUUUCAAAAAUUAUAUUUGCAGUUUUGCACUGCCUUGUUGUACAUAACAUCAUAAACUAUGACUGUAUAUAUACAAUGAAGUCUACCAUUAUUCUUCCCUUA